CCGCUAUGUUCUGGAGUACGCCGCUAUGUUCUCUGGUGGUGCAGUUCUAUCCAUGAAUGUGAUCAUCCAAAAGUUGAUGAAAAUCUUUGUCUUGGAAUAACAUCCAAACCAUACAAACUACAGUAUCUGGCCCAUUCAAAAAAGCAAAAUCAAUUUUGUUUAGUUAUGUAGCUGUGCAACACUGUCCAAAUAGGCCGUUGAGUGUAACCAAUUCUUUUUUUGCAGCGAUGAACUCUGUCAGGUGUUCCAGUAUAUGAAGAGAUUAAAAUGCCUCUGUGUUGUGGGGUGAUUUACCACUCACGUGUUGUUGCUUUCACCAUUGCAUACCAGGAGAGACCACUUUGGAUGUUACUCACCAAGCAGAGAGGCCCAUGGGAUAUGUUGUGUGGUUUUUGGUCUCUUUUAAUCAGAGCUGUAUUCCUCUCCCCCUUUCUCUCCCCUUCCCUCCAUCCCUCCUGUCCCCAUCCCGUUUUUAUGUCCCUGUUUCAGACAAGAAAGAGGAUUUGGUCAUCCCUCCUGUUGUCAUGCCAACGCCCGGGAAGCGGGGCAGGAAGAAGAAGUCGAUGAUGCAGAGGGCUGGCGCCAACCUCCCCCCAGGAAGUGAUGCAUUGAUUCUGGCACACCUGGCUGCUGGGGGGCAGCACCACACUGCCGACCAUUAUGACUUAUCAAAUGAUGAGGAUGAGCAUGGGAACAAAGAUGGGACCAAAUCAUACAGGUGCCGGAUGUGUGCYGUGACGUUCUUCAGCAAGUCGGACAUGCAGAUCCACGCCAAGUCUCACACGGAGGCCAAGCCGCACAAGUGCCCCCACUGCUCCAAAUCGUUCGCCAACUCCAGCUACCUGUCCCAGCACAUCCGCAUCCACAGCGGGGCCAAGCCCUACACCUGCUCCUUCUGCCAGAAAACAUUCAGGCAGCUCAGUCACUUACAGCAGCACACACGGUACUGCUGCCUCCCUGGCGUGUAUGUGUGUGAGUGUGUGUGUGGUGGUUGAUUUCAGGGAAUAGGUGACUGCAGAAUAUAGACUAUCACACAAGAUUGAAGGAUUGUUAGUAAAGACCAUCACUAUCACUACAAAUUCAGUGCUAGUGAUACCAAUGUACUUAUCUAUAUUUGGCUUUGAAUUUGACCAUUACAAUAUUAAUAACCACUUUGCAUUAGAUACAUAGGGUUUUAUUGCGACAAAUCAAAUGAGACAGUAUUGCUCCCAAUAAUACUGAUUACAAAACCUCUUAUUGUACUACAUCUAUGACCGCAGGUUUAGAGUAAACAAGCACAAUAACUAUAUCUAUGACCGCAGGUUUAGAAUUAACAAGCCCAAUAAAACUACAUCUAUGACCGCAGGUUUAGAACAAACAAACCCAAUAACUACAUCUAUGACCGCAGGUUUAGAAUAAACAAACCCAAUAACUACAUCUAUGACCACAGGU